UCCUCUCCCACUAUCGCGAGAGACUGAUUGGGACAGCAGGCAAAGAAAUAUUCAUAUACCAGCAACAAGACCGGUUGCAAAAUCCUUAACGUAUACAUAAAUGUAUACCAUAUGAUUAAUCAAUUAAUUUAGCAUCAGCAAUGACCGAUCAGCCAGAGAGGAAUGAAUAGUAAUGUUUUUAAUAUUGGCAAUUUAACACUGGCAGACACAGUGCCUGCUUAGCAAUACAGUCAGCUAGCUGACCAGCAGCUCAAACUUGGUAAUUUAUGAGCAGAGCUACGUUAGCUAGUUAGCACCACAGGCUAGUCCAAAAUACGCUUGCACCUCAACUUUGGGGUUUCGGUCAAAUUGUGUGGUCUUCGUGCAAAUAGGUCACUUAAGGAUCCUUGCACAAUUGUAAAACUCCGGAGACCAUUUGAGAACUGGCCGGCUGCUCUUGACAUUAAAGUUACUUGGCCUACAGCCCCUUGAGCAUACAUUGUUAUGUGUAGAAUGUAAACUAUUUUGUAACAUCAAACUUGUGAAUCAGAUCAUUGUUUUAAAUGGGGGAAAACAAUUAUAAGUCAUUUUUAGGUCAGGUAUUUGGAAUUUAUGUCUGUUGUAAAAUUAUAGCCCGAUGAACGGCGUGUACACGCCCCAUGCCCACAUAGAUCGCAGCGAUCACUUGAUCCUUGACCCAACAUCUUGGAUAUUCAGUUGGUCUUAAAUUGAUCACUCUGUUUAUCAGUCAUGAAUGGCUCGCUCUUAACUCCGCCUAGCCCUCGUGCUGCGGCUGAUUCGUCUCCUCUCCCACCCUCCCCAUCUCCCUCCCCUUCUCCUCCAUCCCCAUUGCUGUUGCCCCUCUCUACAAGACCCCCACCGUUGCCUCCUCCAACUCCUGCGGGUCAGCCGUUGUCGUCUUUAUCUGACACACCCACACCAUCUCCAUCUCCCUGUCUUAGCUGGACAGAGUUCUGUGAGCUCCACGCACGGGUAGCCGCUGGUGACUUUGCCCGUCAUUUUCGGGCCUUCCUGCAGGAGAACCCGCAUUACUCCCCUGAUUCCGCUGCUGCUUUUUGUCGGCGCUUUACUGACAGAUUUGUUCGACAUUUCGAGAGUGAACUUGAGGGGACUGCCGUUGGUAGGGAAGGAAACUGGGUCGCCCAAUCAGAUGUUACAUCACUUGAGGAGGAUGCAACAUCUCCACCCCUGCUGCCGCCAGAGGCUACCACCCCCUGCCCCCCCACUCACAUUCGUUCUGCGUCCAAAUGUCUGUUACCCCAGCAUGGUCAUGAAGAGGCCCGCGGUGUGGAGAGAUUUCAAAACCCUGCAGCAUUUCAGGACCCUUAUGCUCAUACGCAAAUUCUGCCCCCUUCAUCCUCUUCUUCAUGCUCUUCCUCAAUGGGCGGGAAUAAUGGGCGGAGGGAGGAGAGGGGACUGACAGGUAAACAGUAUCAUCACAAUCCAUCUGGCUACAGAGACCUAGAGGAAGAAGAGGACAGCUGGGCGGGGCCUGUAACUGAAGAGGAGGUGGACACAGACAUAGCAGAGAAAGACAAUGAGGCAGAAGGUGAUGGUACCUCAGAAAGAUCUGAUCUCAGCCAGACUCCAGCAUGCCUCAACCCCUCUGGCACACCAGCAAACUCUGGGUCAAAAGGCAAUGGUACGCCAAUGGGGAGUCACUCCAAAAACAAACUAAAAAAGCGCUUUUCUCUGCGCAGCGUGGGCCGUAGUGUUAGGGGGAGCGUGCGAGGCAUCUUACACUGGCGCAGCUCCUCCAGUGACUCCCCACAGAACUGCAAUUCGGGUAACUCCUCCCCUCUUCCUUCCAGUUACAGCUACACUACAGGUUUGCAAGAUGGCAAGAGGAACUCCCAGGCUGUUCCUACUUCUCUUCCUGUCUCCCUCUCCCUUCCCCUCUCCCUGCCCCACUCUUCAUCAUCAUCUUUGCCUCCAUCAUCCUCCAGCAGCGCAACCUCCCUCUCGUUCUCCGAGGCUCGUGAUUGGCGUAGGAGCAAUGGAGAUGGGGAGAAGGAGAAGUGGAGCCAGAGGUUGGAGAAAUUACGACUCUCCCGGUCACCACCACCGAAUCUGUCCACUGCCGCUGCACUCUCCUUGGCCAUAUCGCCAUCCGCUUUGCCUCCCAGCAGCGCUGGUGCACCCAGGAAAAUGGGCAGGCUGGUCCGAGAGGGGGGUGUGACUGUGUGCUCAUCUUUGGAUGAAUUUUCUAGCACUUUCGGUUUCCCGGGUUUCUCGUUUGGACUGCUGCACCACGGCACGGACAACACCAACGCCGCAUCGAUGCAUCCUCCAGCCACGGGAGGAGCUACUGGUGGGCGGGGUAUGCGUUGGCACAAGUGUCGUCUGGUACUGAAAGAACGAGAUAAGGAUGGAGGGGAUGGAGGACUGGAGUAUUUCCUGGAGUUUUACAUCCCACCCAAGUCCUCAAAGCCUAGACUGACUGUCCCGUGCUGCUCCAUUGUUAACGUCAGAAGCACUACAGCUAUAGAGGUGCCAGACAAGGAGAAUACCUUUCUUCUACAAUUGGAAGGUCAGGUGCAGUACGUGAUCGAGACCAGAGAUGCAGUUCAGAUGAGAGCUUGGCUCAGUGACAUCAGAAAUGCCAUUUGUCUGAGUGAGCAAGAGGACGUUGAGGGAGUUUGUGGCAGUGCUCUCACCGAGCUCAGCGGAACGCCAGAAUUCAGCGACCGUCUGUCUCAAGUGUGCUAUGGUGGAGUCAGUGGAUCUCCCCAAUUGGAGCCUCUACCUCCCGAGUUACCACCCCGUGCCCCUCUCGAUGAAUUUGGGGGCGGAGCAAGUCUCGGCACUCCUUUUGCCGAAACUCCUGAUGCGACAGGGUCGUUCCUGUUCUCAGAAGGUUCUGUGUCAGAGACAGUGGAACAUCCUCUCAAUGAGUGUCAGUGGUUUCACGGCACACUGUCUCGUCUUAAGGCCGCCCAGCUGGUGCUUGCAGGCGGCAUGGCCAGCCACGGGGUGUUUCUCGUCCGGCAGAGUGAGACACGGCGUGGGGAGUACGUCCUCACGUUCAACUUCCAGGGCAAGGCAAAGCACUUACGGCUCUCCUUGAAUGAGGAUGGACAGUGUCGGGUGCAGCAUCUUUGGUUCCAGUCCAUUUUUGACAUGCUGGAGCAUUUCCGCGUGCACCCCAUUCCUCUGGAAUCUGGGGGAGCCUCUGACGUCACCCUCAUCAGUUUUGUGGGGGCCACGAAUGUCCGGCAACCAGACUUGACCAGCAGACCCCGUAGUCCUCCUCAGCCACCACCUCUGCCUCCUGGACGCCCACCGCCCCCCACCCCUCCGCAGGACCGAGGGAGCGAAACAGAGGCUGCAGGAGGAGGUGGAGCCAGCAGUGCGGCGGAGGAGUGCGAGGACCGCGACAGGGAUCCGCCUCUGCUUCAGCUGGAAGGGGUGGAGGGCGAGGAGAGGGAAGGAGGGAGGGCAAGAGCCAUUGAUAACCAGUACUCCUUCGUCUAAGCAGAAUGAGAGUGAAGAACGAGGUGGGAUAUGGAGGAUGAAGAGGAAAGCCCUUCACAAGCAGUAUUUUUUUUUCUUCAUCAGAAGAACUGACCGAGGGUGUCCCAGAACCAAGUUAUUAACACUAUUGAACAGAGAGAGAGAGAGAGAGAGAUGGAGAGAAUGUGAGAGAGACAUCCAGAAGUAUAAGCAUAUAUGAUAUUGACGGUACAUUAUUAAAACACUAAGUAACGGUACUACACUAUAAAGGAUGGUGGAUUGUAAAAAAUAUUGAUCAGCUCUUACUAAUAUGUUCUCUAGUGUUUGUCAUUGCUAAAGUUCCUCUUUUGGUGCUGCUGCAUAGGAAGGUACAAAAGCUUCAGCAUCAACAAUGUUGAAGCAUGCAGAUCCAUGGAAAGGUACCACACCAUAGAGCAGUGGUUCUCAAACUGGGGGGCAAGGGGGCCCCAGUUAAUGACAUUUAUAAAAUACAUUCAUUUAUCAUAAAUUCUGUGUAAUUAAACCUCAGAAAAAUAAGGCUACUAACCAACAGCACUACAUUGUAUAAUUUAAUAUGUUUUGUUUAAUAUUGUUUUAUGUUGUAAAUGUUUUUUGGGGGGGGCAUGAAGGGAUGCACCGUACACAAGGGGGCUGCAAGCCGGAAACGUUUGAGAACCACUGCCAUAGAGUGCCGCAGGGAUGACGUAUUUUUGUAGGCCAACCCGGAAGUUAGCGGGACACUGGUUCCCUUGACAAAGCCCAUUUUUAAUUAUUUUAUUUUUUUGUUAAUUAUGUUAAAUUAAUAAUUAAUUUAAUAGACUUUUGGAUUAUUGCAAACAUAAAAUCAGUGUUUAACAAAAAUUUGACACUUGCACAUUUUGUCCAACAAGAUAAUCUACACAGAUUAACACAACUUUGAAGCCUAAUUUUAUUUUAUUUUGAAGUUUACUAGAAAUUUAAAGGUACUACUGUCUCUCCAGAUCAAUGCCAUCACCACCAAGCUUCGGACAACUUUUUCAAACUUUAUUAAACGCAUUUAAUACAUGUUCCCUGAUAAGGACAUAAUCUGUGUAUUCUUUUCUUUUUUUUUUUUUUUUGGAAAUUGUGCCCAUUGUUUUUGAGAUCUUCGUGCAAGAUGACGAUUAAAGUCUCCGACAUAGUCCCAUGUAGCAACUUGUUAGCAACCACCAUGUUAAAGCUUUAAAAUCAUGAGUGAGGCUAUUACUGUCAUAGAGUAAAAUGUGAAAAUAUCUUUGGCUUAUUUUAACCCAAGAUCUUAUUUAAGGAGUUUAACCGAAACCCCAUUGACUUCAGGAUGAUGGAACCAGAAGUGCUAAAAUGCUAACCUAAAACCUAGGUUUUGCCUACAAAAAUGUGUCAUCCCUGCAGCAUGCUUUUGUUACAGUGUGUUUGCCUCCCUUAUUAAUUUAAUUGUCUGGUGUUGCCUAGCCCUUCGCACUUAUACAAAAAAGUUUUUGGAAAGCACCAAUGUAUUAGCCUAUAAUCGGUAUCGGCAGAUAAAAGCUAUUUUUUUCACUGUCAGAUAUCAGCCAAUUGUUAAAAAACAGCAGACGAUCAGGGCAAAUUAUAUCCUGGCAAAUUUAAAGGGGUGGAAAACACAUCAGAACUGAUAAUGCUUUGUGAUUGUUUUGAAAUUGGGUGACAAAGAAAGUUGCAGUUUGUACUGUCUGCAAUUGUAGAAUUUCAGAAUAUUAUUAUGUUAUUUAAAAUUAAAAAGCAAAUCUAUCAGUAUUGGUAGAUGUCAUUCUAAGUAAUCGGAUAUCAGUAUCGGCACAAUUUUGUCCCUCGUUUUUUUUUCCUCAGGUGAGCAGAUAUUUUUACUUGUUCAGGGUUGUUACCCACCAGCACUCUUAUAUACUGGAGUUUUGAUUGUUUUUUUUCUGUUUGUGUUCUGCCACUGACAAACUAAGAAUGUCACAAAGUAAUAACUUUCCUCCUUCCUGUUCAUUUCAAUUGUACUAAUCACUAGUUAAAGGCGUUGCCCUUGUGCUUAAAAUUGGCCCAGCCAUAGCCAAAAAAGCCCAAUUCUCCGAAAUAGUGAUAUUACUUUUUAAGGUUAAUUACAAUAUUAAACAUCUCCAUAGACUCCAUUAUUACCUCAGAGUCCUGAUCUGUUACCCAGCUUCUCUCUGUGUAUGAGAUCACCUAGCAUACAGACCCAGGACGAAUCCUCUACUCUCCCCCUAUCUCACUCUCUCUUUAUAUCUUACCGUUACGUUUAGCUUUACAACCUUUUUAAUUAGUGCAUUUAUUUUAAAGAUGGAGUCCAGAGGAGGGAGAGAGAAUGCCCUUCAUUAGAAAAAUGCUGAGUACGAUAAUGACAAUAAUAACUGAUAAUAAUGAAUUUAAAAUGAAUAAUUGUUAAAAUAAUAGUAUUAUUUUAAUUUUUUGUUUGUAAAAUGCCUUUAUUUUUGUUGUUUAUUAUAUGAACACACAAUAUUUGUUCUCCAAGAGCUGUUUUCUGUUUAUAAUUAUUUGUGCCUUUUUAUAUCUCACACUGUUCCCCGCUGCUGUCUCCUAAACUUUCGGUUUCUACAGAUUUCAGGAAAACUUUGUGAAAAGGAAAAUAAGAUGGUCCCUUUCUUCUUGUGCCUUUUCGUGUUGUUAAUUGUCUUUCCCUCUAGUUUUGUGCCAGUCAUUUUUGAGUUUGUGCCUCAAGUCUUUUAUUGCAUCUGAUGUUCAGUUUAGUGCCUGCAUCUGUAAUCUCAUCUUUCAUUUCAUUUUUUUUUGCUUCAUUUAAGGUUGCUCUUCUUAAUCCUACAGAUCAUUCAGUUCGAUUUGUCGUUUGCUUCUUUCUCGCCUCCUUUUAUCCUUUAUUUAAACCUCUUAUUGUGCCUUCUCUCUCUUUUCUCUCUGUCUGUCUGUCUAUCUGUGCUGGGACCGUGUGUUAAGUGGACAGUAUUGCCCACUCUGUGUAAUUAGUUUCAGGUACUACAUUGAAUUUAAUGAUGAUGAUGAU